AUCCAGUGAAGGAAAGCCGAAGGCCGAAAAUGGCGCUCUGCGUUCUCGCGGCAUGCACGGUGCCCGGAAUCUCCUCUAAGCCAGUCAACGUCGCCACGAGGCGAGCGUCGCGACCCGAAGCCCCGGCUCUCCUCCGCUGCCUCGAGCCGCGGGGACGGAGCUCGGUCCGCCGGCUGAACGCUGCCGGACUGUCCCAGAUCGAACCCGACCUGAACGAGGACCCGGUGGACCGUUGGGCCACGAACAGCGUCGACGAAGAGGAUUUCAAGUAUGGAAAGUACGACGGGCACCACACUUACUACGAAGGGGAGGAGAAAGGAACUUUCUGGGGAUCAAUCGCGGAAGAUAUUGCUGCAGCUGAACCGCCGACUGGCUUUCAGGGGCUCAUCUCGUGGCUUUUCCUUCCAGCGGUUGCUGCAGGAAUGUACUUUGAUGUUCCGGGAGAGUACUUGUACAUCGGAGCAGCUCUCUUUACUAUCGUCUUUUGCAUCAUCGAGAUGGAUAAGCCUGACAAGCCCCACAACUUCGAGCCCCAGAUAUACACCAUGGAAAGAGGAGCCCGCGAUAAGUUAAUAGCUGACUACAACACCAUGGACAUUUGGGAUUUCAACGAGAAGUAUGGAGAUCUGUGGGACUUCACCAUUAUAAGAGAUGAUAUAACCAAAAGAUGACUGCUCAUAAACUAAAGAUGGCAACUGUUCUUUAACGAUCUCUGUAUAUGAGGGAAAUUACAGGUUCAUGUCCUUCCUUUCUAGAUUGCCUAUUCUGUAUUCUCCAGUUUUGCCUUUUCACUCCCGUAAAGCUUAAGCAAUAUAAAGGAAGAGAAAGCUCUAGAAGCAGCUGUUUAUAAAAACUGCGAUGAUGCACACCAGUGCAAAACUUGCAUUGUUAGUUUCA